AAAAUAUACAAAAACGCUGAGCUCCGGAUUGUGAUGGUGGGGAAAACCGGAGUUGGGAAGAGCGCCACAGGAAACACCAUUCUGGGCAAACAGUACUUUAAAUCAGAGUUCUCUCCUAAAUCUCUGACUACUGUCUGUAAAAAGGCUGUUGGUGAAGUGGAGGGACAAAGACUUGCUGUUGUUGACAAUCCAGGUCUGUUUGACACCAGGAUUGAUGAAGAAAAGAACAGAAACGAUGUUGGUAAGAGCAUUAUUUUUGCUUCUCCAGGACCCCAUGUCUUCCUGGUCGUCAUCAGACUGGGAAGAUUCGCAGAUGAAGAAAAACAGACAGUGCAGAAGAUUCAGGAAAUGUUUGGAGAGGAAGCAGACAGAUACAGCAUGGUUCUCUUUACCCACGGUGAUCAGCUCGAAGACCAAACUAUCGAAGAGUUCUUGAAGGAUAGUGAAGACCUGCAGGAACUUGUGAACAGAUGUAACGGGCAGUACCACGUCUUCAAUAAUGAGGAGAAGGAUCGUUCUCAGGUCAGAGAGCUGCUCGACAAGAUCAGAAACAUAACAGAGAAGAAUAGAGGAAAUUUUUACACCACUGAAAUGUUCCGAAGGGCAACCAGGGCAAUCGAAGAAAGGAAGAAAUGUAUCCGAAGUGAGAAAAAAGAGGAAAUGGAGAAACAGAAGACUCUUGAGAAGAAGAUAAGAGCAACAAUGAAGAGGAUCCAGUGUCUCUGCCUGGGUGCCACCAGCUUCAGAUCUCUUUCCCUGGUUAUUUAGCCCCAAAGAUCUCUCUCCUCGCUCCCUUUCCAUUUCGCUACAACGUGUGCCAGAACAACAGACCCCUGAUGGUUGGGGGAUGCAUUGUAUUCUCUUUCAGGGGUCAAUAUAGACAAAUGUGCAGAUCGAAGUUCAUGAAAUAUCACGUACUUACAAAAGUAAUAAACUAUAAGGAUUUCAUGAAAAUGUCAUAAUACAUGUCAUGCAUCAAGUCCAUCAAAUCAGUCCAACAAAUAAGAAGAUGAAGAAGAUGGACCUUUAGAGGAUCCCGAGGGGCAUCAAGGUCCGAAAUUCAGUUUCCUCUCUGUGUUUUGCUCAGUUUACAGUACUGUUUGUUAUACAGUUACAUAUACACACAGUUAUAUUGAUGCACACAUGCACAUACAUUAAGAGGCCAGGAGGUGAACUGGUACUUGAACUGGUUUCAAGUCCCUACGGACUGAACCACUCAUAAUAUAUGAUGUUUGUAAUUGUACUCUCUAGCAUUUUCUGAUCUGAAGCCUCCAAAACAAAUGAGCAUCUUGAAAAAGGUUAAUAUCAUACAUGAUAUUUUUCUGAUCUGCCUCCGUCAAGGUUUGGUUUUGGGUUAUUAAAGAGUAUUGGGUUGGUUUAGGGUUA